AUGAAGGAAGAUGCACCACCAGGUGUUUCCGCCUCUCCAUUACCAGAUAAUGUUAUGGUAUGGAAUGCAAUGAUCAUUGGGCCAGCUGAUACCCCAUACGAGGAUGGUACAUUUAGAUUGUUACUAGAAUUUGAUGAAGACUAUCCAAAUAAGCCACCACAUGUCAAAUUUUUGAGUGAAAUGUUCCACCCUAACGUUUAUGCAAAUGGUGAAAUUUGUUUAGAUAUUUUACAGAAUAGAUGGACACCAACGUAUGACGUUUCCUCCAUCUUAACUUCCAUUCAAAGUUUAUUUAAUGAUCCAAAUCCAGCGUCUCCUGCAAAUGUUGAAGCGGCCACAUUAUUUAAAGAUCAUAAAUCUCAGUAUGUGAAGAGAGUGAAAGAAACAGUAGAAAAAUCCUGGGAAGAUGAUAUGGAUGAUAUGGAGGAUGAUAGUGAUGAAGAGGAUAACGAUGAGGAAUGA